UCGAAAGUGGUCCACCAAUAGCGAAAAGUGAAAAAAUAUAUUCCGAAAAAAGUUUUUCUUUUUAGUAAUUUACGCGGCCCACAAAAAGUCCAAACAUUUAUUAUAAUUAAGUCACAUGUGUAGGGAUUAGGGGGUAAAAUAGGUCACAAUUCAAAUCACACUUCGACUAACGUCAACCGAACGAAUUCCUCAGUUUCUUUUCACCCAUACAAACACAUUCAAUGACUGGGACAGGGGCGGUACAUUUCUUUUGCAUUUUCUUAGGAGUUCUUUGAGAUAGUAUUUUAGUCUAUAUCUUUAGCCUUAUACAUGAUAAACAGAACACAUAUAUUACUUUCUGUAUUUUGCCCUCAUUACAUUGUAUUUUUUCGUAACUGAAAUUGAUUUGAAAAUCGACCAAACCAAUCGUUUCCCAAAUGAUAAACAUACAUACCAUAGAAAAUGUCACUGACUGCACGCCAAUGUACCUGCCACACAGCUUGUAUCUCAAGCCGUUGGCAAAAAUGCAAAUCUCCGUCUCGCUGCCGCCUAUUAAAUCUGGCAAAUCCGUAUCCAACUUAGAGAUAAUGGACAAACUGAGCAACGAGCUCAAACCUGACAAGUUUCUGUUGCUUAAAGUUUCAAAGAGCACUGUAAACACAAUUCGUUUUGAAGCUGAACUGGACGACCGCAAGCGGCUUCGGCUGGCCACCCAACGCCUGGAUGGCAUCUCCCUGCGACUCUCUGGUUUCAGUGAAUCCUUUCGGAUACGUUGCACCGAAUCCAAAGACGAGUUUCCAACCCGUCACGACUGGGAUUCAUAUUUCCGCGAUGCUCGGAAUAUGGAUGAAAUGAAAGCCGGUGAACGUCCAGACACUAUCCAUAUCAGUCAUCUGCCUAUGCGCUGGUUCUGCCCUCGGCACUCUGAGCAUGAGGAGAAUGUCAAACCCAGCGAAAGCAUUUUCAAGCGAAUGUUUGAAAGGUUUGGACGGGUCCGUGCCGUGGACAUUCCCAUCUGCGAUCCAUACCGCAAAAGCAUGCAAGCGGAAAUCAGCGGAAUGCGUACGUUUAGUUUUGAACAGGAUGUUCUAUUCGAAGGGUAUGUGCAAUUCGAAGAAUACUCCAGCUUCGUUCGUGCCAUGGACGAGUUUAGAGGCAAUAAGUUAGUGCGCAAGUUUGUGGAUAAAGCACUAGCUAUAAAUAUAUGUGUAAACUUCGACAAGCAGAAGCAUCUAAGCGACUCGCACAUCCAACGGAGGGACCGCAUGCGCCAGAAGUGCAUUGCCAAGGCUCAGGCGGAAGAUGCGGAACGGGAAAAACUGAAAAAGCAAGAAGCCGAGCAGUUGGAACGUGAAAGGCAAAAGCAAGAAGAGUUGAAAUUAGCGGAAGAACAAAAACAGCGUGAGCGUGAAGAAAAGCGGAAAGAAAAGCACUUGAAAAAGAUCCAGGAGCGGGGUCAGGUGGAAAUUUCGCAAAAGAUUCGCUUGGAGGAACGAAAGCUGAUGAUAGCCCAACGCAAGCUGGAAAGUAUUCGAACACUGGAGAAGCUUUUUGAGCGCAUACAGUCUAAGCAAAAGGACAAGAAAAACCGGGCCAAGCAUGACGAAGCUAAGGACAUUCAGCGGGAACGACUGGUGGAAAAGUACAAGGCGGCCACUGAAAAGCUCGUGUGUGAUCAGCGUAAAAUUGUUCAGGACAUCAAGAGCAAUACACCACUGAUGGGCCUGCUCAAGAGUAAAACGAAAAAGAGUACGAUUGAUGCCAGUAGUGAUGAUGAGUCGGCUGCCAGCAAAAGGCAUAAAGCCAUCAAUGGCGAAUCCAAUGGACCGUCAGCAAGAGCCUUUGGCGACGAUCCCAACUCUGCGUUGAAUCCCUUGAAGGCAGUGGCUGCCAUAGCUGCUGGGGCAGUGCCUGGAACAGCGAACUACAGUGCGGAGGCGGCUAGCGAGUGGAUGAAGUCCCUGCAAAUGUUCGGCUACGGUCUGCCAGGAGUCUUUCCGGGUGCGCUUUAUCGCCCGCCUGCUCCGUUUCCCGUCUCAAGUAAUUAUCGCGGGUUUGCUCCGCGUCCUCGAAUUCGAGGUAGGGGACGUGGCAGCGGACUAAGAGGCAGCCGUUCUGGAUACGACUCGUACUACAAUUCCAAGAACGAUCGCUACGAUAAUGAUGGAGAUAAUGGGUACUAUCACAAGUCAUCGCGUGGCAGAAACCGUUCGCGGUCCACAUCGUCGUACUCCAGAAGUCGAAGCAGAUCUCGUGGACGCCGAAUUGUUUGUCGCUCUAGGAGGUCCCAGUCCCGAAGUCCAAGUCGCAGUCGGUCCCACUACAGAAAGUCUUCAUACUCAUCAAGGUCCAGACGCAGCCACAGUAGGUCUCAUUCCCGCAGCCGCAGCAAGACACCACAACGCAAGAACCGCAAGUUGGCCUCCACUCGACGAUCCCGCUCGACCAGCUACUCCAGAUCUCGAUCCCACUCACAUUCCCGCCGCGAACACCGCAGCCGCCACCGGAGUCGGAGUCGGACUCGUAGUCGUAGCCGUUCUCGAAGCCCCACUCCGAAAAGCGUUAAAUUGGAGGCGGAUAAACUAGUGGCUUCUGCUGAGAAAAUACAGCGCACCAUCGAGAAACACACCAAGGAUCGGAUGCGGGAGGAAGAGCGGGAAAUUAAGCAAAAUUUCCGUCAGCCACGGCACAACAGUCACAGCAAUCAUAUGGACCUGCCGGAGGAGUCCAGCCAUGGAGAUAAAAAUGAUCGACAAGAAGGCAGCAAGCGGAGUAGCCGUCGCAACUCACUGGCUGCCUGAAAUAUAUUUUUUAGCUUAGAUGUUAUAAGUUUAACCAAUAAAAGUUUUAAGUUAUUCUGCAGAA